AUGUCAUUUAGAAAAAGAAGUGAGGUUUUGAAUCGUGGUGUUGGACAACCUAGCGGAGUUCCAGGAAGGACACCAACUAAUAGUCUAAGGGCUCCUAUUGGUAUGCAAAGGUCUAUUGAUGGAGCUCCUAGAGGUAUCGGUAGGGCUCCAGUAGGCAGAAGUGUUCCUGAUUCAACAGUUCCUAAUUUGAAUAAUUUAUCUUUAAGAAAUAACAACCCUGCAGGUCUUCAAGGUUCAGAUAUUAGUCCUGAAAGUGAGCUUAUUGAGAAUCAUCCCGGCGUGAGGCCUUCUCCUGCUACUUCUCACCCGACAACAUCCACCGGUUGUUUUGAUUUGGAUAAGUUGCUAUUGCAUUCUGGGCUACCGUUGGGUAACACUUUGUUGCUUGAAGAGAUGGGCUCCACUGAAUUUAACUCCAUCAUUAGUAAGUUGUUCAUUGCACAAGGUGUUGUAUAUAAUAGAACAGAACCAACUAAGAAUAACACGCAUACGAUUUUAGUCUCUUUGAAUCAUGGCUUGGCAAAGGAUAUUCCAGGUAUUUAUAAAGGUUCGAAAAGAGAUAUUAAAAAGUCUAAGAUCUCAGAAGAAGAAUCUAAAGUUACAGUUCAGAAUAUCACAGGACAUUCUUCUGCCCAGAGAUCGAGAGAUUUGAAGAUUGCUUGGAGAUAUGGUUUAAAUGAUAAAAAAGACGCUGACGCUGAGGAAUCAGCACCAGUCGGUGACUACAAGAACUAUAAUCAUCAAUUUGAUAUCACUACACGAUUAAUGCCUUUACCAACUAGCACAGAUAUCACAUUCAUCUCUCCAGCUCAGCCAAUUAAAACAAUAUUGUCUAAAUUAUUAGAGACAAUUGAGAAACAUCCAAAGAAGUUGAUUAGAAUAGUGAUUCCCUCAUUAUUGCAUCCUGCAAUGUAUCCACCAAAUAUGUUCAAGUUACAAAAUAUUAUCCCCUUCUUGCAUGGUAUCAGGAGCACAGUUAAGCAAUACAGUCAGAGAUCUGUUCUAUUAACAACAUUAUCGUCUGAUAUUUUAGAUCCAAUAAUUAUCUCUCAAAUGGAGAACUUGUUUGACUCAGUCAUCGUUCUGGAACCCUUUGAACAAGAGAUGUUACAGUUUUUGGAAAGAGCAUAUAAAACACAGCCUAAUAAAGUACAGCACGGUCUAGUUCAUAUAAAGAAGCGUGCGAUAUUCAGUGACUUUGGUGAAAUGCAUGUGGUUAAAUCAGAAUGGGCUUUCAAGAAUGGCAGAAAGAAAUUUGAAAUUGAAGAAUGGGGAAUCCCUGUUGAGGAUGAAGAUGCUGAAAGUGCUAAAAAGGAUAAAACUGAUGAUGUGUUGAACACUGUAGAUUUAAAUGUGCCAUCGUCACACGGCGAUCAUGAUCACAAUCAUUCAUCUACAUCAAACACCAAGAUAGGAAUUGAUUUCUAA